AUGCCACCGCAACUCAUCUUCGGCACCGCCGGCUUCGGCAUGGACAAGACGGAAUUUCACGACACAGAAUCCGUCAAGGCUACACUCACUACAAUCCGGGACAUCGGGAUCCAACGCUUAGACACAGCAGCGCGGUACCCGCCGCUAAACCCGGGGCGGUCGGAAGAGUUGCUCGGGGAGGCGCGGGAACUUAGCCACGACUUUGCGAUCGAUACGAAGGUGUAUACGGACACCCGAACGGACGGCAGCGGCGACCUGACCCGAGACGCUAUAAGAAAGUCGGUUGAGGUCAGCUUGCAGAGGUUGAAGAUGGAUACGGAGAAGGGAGAGAGUAUUAACGUACUGCAUAUUCACCGCGCGGACCCAGCAACGCCGUUAGAGGAGCAAAUUAAGGCGUUUAACGAGCAGAUUGAGCUAGGACAUUGUAAGGCCUGGGGCAUAUCCAACGUAUCCCCCUCUACCCUCUCUCAAAUCCUCUCCCUCUGCGACGAGCACAACUGGCGCAAACCAGCCUGCUACCAGGGGGAAUACAGCCUAAUCACCCGUGGCGCCGAGACCAAGCUCCUACCCAUCCUCCGCGCCCACGGGGUUCGGUUCAACGCCUUCCGCUCCGCCGCCUCGGGACUGCUGACCGGCAACGCGGUGCGCGGGCACGUGGAGGGGACGCGCUUCGCAUCCGAUAACCCGCUGGGCGGUGCUAUGCAGCGGGUCUUCGGGGCGCCGGAUCUACAGGACGCGGUGCGAGAGUUCGACGCCGGGGUGAGGGCGAGGGGGCUGACGCCCCUAGAAGUUGCGAUUCGCUGGGCUGUGCACCAUUCCGCGUUAGGGGAGGAUGAUGGCGUGGUGUUGGGGGCGAGCCGGACGGCACAGGUUGUUGAGACGGUGGAGUUUGCACGGAAGGGCCCGUUGGCGGAUGAUUUGGUGAGGUUGGCGGAGGAGCUGUGGGAUACGGUGAAGGAGACUAGGGGGAAGAUCAUUUAA